GUGUGUGUGUGUGUGUGUGUUUGAAAUGAGACCAUCGUAAAAGCUUGGAGGGUGCUGAUGGAGGACUCCGACAUAUUCCGUCCUAAUGUAUCUGUCUACAUGGUGUCAGCCGAGGGGGAGACUGCCAUUGGUGUUUACUUGUUGAUACUAGGUAAUUAUUCUGUUUACUUUGCCAAACUGCUAUAAACCCAUACUGUUGAUAAUAUAGUAGAUAACUUUCACAAGAUAAAUACAUGGUGAAUGUUAUGUUAGUGUUCUUGUAUACGUUAGGUAGGUUACUUUCUAAAUGUAAUCAGUUACUAGUUGCUUGUCCAAAAUUGUAAUCAGUCAUGUAAUUUUUGGAUUACCCAAACUCUGUAACGUAAUCUGAUGACUUUCCCGUUAAGAGGUAUUAGAAGAAGACAUAAAGGAUCCAUCAAACUCAGACUUGUUCAGGUGCCAUAAUGUAUUUUUUCGCAAACAUCCUUUAUGAAUUUUUAAGUAAUCCAAGAAGUAAUCAUCUAGUUUUUCAAAGUAUCUGUAAUCUGAUUACGAUAUGUUUACAGGUAACGUAUCUGAUUACAGUUCUUUUUUUUGUAAUCAGAUUACAUGUAACUGAUUACGUGUAAUCAGUUACUCCCCAACCCUGUGGGUGACAUUGUUAUGAUAUGGUCUAAAUAGGAUGUUUUUUUGUUUACAUUUCCAGAGUGGCUCUCCUGUCUAGGCAAUGGAGUGGUGAUUCUACUGUUGGUCAAGCAGAGACACAGACUUCAGCCACAAGACUUCCUCACUUUCAAUCUGGCUGUGUCCGAUGCUGGCGUCGCUAUCUUCGGCUACUCCAGAGGGAUACUAGAAGUCUUCAACGUGUUCAGGGACGACGGCCUGCUGAUCAAGACCAUCUGGACCUGCCAGGUACGUUGGUCGGUAGUUGUUUUACCCAUAUGGGCUUAUAAGAAGAUUUGUAAUGCUAGUUGUUGUUGUUAUUAUUGAGUUAUUAUCUUAAUGCAUUGAAUGAGGUUCAAGAGCACUUCAUAGAUUUACAUUGAAAGCAUUUUUGACAUUAUCCCAGAUCUUGGGAAAUUCAACACAAAACUACAUUAGAGCUAUACAGAUAAGAUCAGUACAAUUAUAACUUAGAAUUUCAGGGAGGAAUCAAGAGGUGAUCCUGAUCUGAAUAAGCUCAAGGACAACUUGUACAGUAACAUAUAUUUUAUAUGGUAUUGUAACUUAGCAUUUUUGACUAUUAAGAAAUAAAGUAUCAGUUUAACAGGAAAUUAAAACAACUUCCCUUAGUACUGUUACCGUGGCUACCCAGGACUCCCACCACUCCACUUGACAGACGACUGGAAUAAAUGACAGAAAGAAAAACAUGACAUUCCACCAGAGAAGAGUGUGCUUUUAUCCUGCAUUAGUCAGUCUACCUGGCUUGUACCCUGAGAGUCUGGUUAGUGGGUGAUGACACAACACAGUUUGGAAAGAUUCCUUCCUCUCCCUCAGGUUGGCAGAGAGCUGCAGGCACUUCAUCCUAAUCUCUGUGUGUGUAUGUGUGUGUGUGUGUGUACGUCAGGUGGACGGCUUCCUGAUCAUGCUCUUUGGGCUCAUCAGCAUCAACACACUGACAGCCAUCAGUGUCAUCCGCUACAUCAAAGGAUGCCAGCCCAGCUAUGGUAUGUAGUCUAUGCUGUGGCCCUGCCAAGCCUGAGGGCUGCUGGCUAGGUUGGGGCUGAAGCCUCCCCUAGUCAAGUUGCUCAGGGUAGGGCACCCUGGCUCAAUGGCAGCCACUCCAAACUCAUUAGUCUGCUGCUUCAGGUCAAGGCCUUACACUGUUCAGUGCUCCCUGACCGCCGGCUGGCAAGUUGGCUAGAUGUCACAGAUGGGACUAUUAGAGAGAGAAUCAUAAAUCUAAUCUCAGUUGUCCUACUUGUUUUUUGUGAAAUCACCAAAUCAUUUGUUUCUUCCCCAUGUUUCGUCAUAUAAUACCAUCUCUGUUUAGUAACUACAUGUCUUGUCUUUCAGCUCAUUAUAUUAACCAAUGUAACGUUGCCGUGGUGAUUGUGGCGGUGUGGCUGUGUGCCCUCUUCUGGUCUGGAGCGCCCCUGGUGGGCUGGGGGAGUUACACAGGUAGGACCCUGUCAAUGUAGUCUCUGAAAUCCCAGACCUAGGGAAUCAGCACUAGAACAUUGGUUACAUUGUGGGCCUCUCGUUCGCUUCUCUGAUAAAGUAGAUACACUACAUGACCAAAAGUAUGUGGACACCUGCUCGUGAACAUCUCAUUCCAAAAACAUGAGCAUUAAUAUGGAGUUGGUCCCCCCUUUGCUGCUAUAACCGCCUCCACUCUUCUGGGAAGGCUUUCCACUAGAUGUUGGAAUAUUGCUGCGGGGACUUGCUUCCAUUCAGCCACAAAAGCAUUAGUGAGGUCGGGCACUUAUGCUGGAGAUUAGGCCUGGCUCGCAGUCGGUGUUCCAAUACAUCCCAAAGUUGUUCGAUGGGGUUGAGGUCAGGACUCUGUGCAGGCUAGUCAAGUUCUUCCACACCGAUUCCGACAAACCCUUUCUGUAUGGACCUCGCUUUGUGCACGGGGGCAUUUUCAUGCUGAAACAGGAAAGGGCCUUCCCCAAACUGUUGCCACAAAGUUGGAAGCACAGAAUUGUCUAGAAUGUCAUUGUAUGCUGUAGCAUUACGAUUUCCCUUCACUGGAACUAAGGGGCCUAGCCCAAACUAUGAAAAACUGCCCCAGACCGUUAUUCCUUUACAGUUGGCACUAUGCAUUGGGGCAGGUAGCUUUCUCGUGGCAUCCACCAAACCCAGAUUAGUCCGACGGACUGCCAGAUGGUGAAGCGUGAUUCAUCACUCCAGAGUCCAAUGGCAGCAAGCUUUACACCACUCCAGCCGACACUUGGCAUUGCGAAUGGUGAUCUUAGGCUUGUAUGCGGCUGCUCGGCAAUGGAAACCCAUUUCAUGAAGCUCCUGACGAACAGUUCCUGUGCUGAUGUUGCUUCCAGAGGCAGUUUGGAACUCGGUAGUGAGUGUAGCAAUUUGCAACCGAGGACAGAUUAUUUUUACGCGCUACGCGCCUCAGCACUCGGCAGUCCCGUUCUGCGAGCUUGUGUGGCCUUCCACUUUGUGGCUGAGCCAUUGUUGCUCCUAGACGUUUCCACUUCACAAUAACAGCACUUAUAGUUGACCGGGGCAGCUCUAGCACGGCAGAAAUUUGACGAACUGACUUGCUGGAAAGGUGGUAUCCUAUGACGGUGCCAAGUUACUGAGCUCUUCAGUAAGGCCAUUCUACUGCCAAUGUUUGUCUAUGGAGAUUGCAUGACUGUGUGCUCAAUUUUAUACACCUGUCAGCAACGGGUGUGGCUGAAAUAGCCAAAUCUACUAAUUUGAAGGGGUGUCCACAUACUUUUGUAUGUAUUGUGUAUAUUUGUUGUACUAUAUGCACAUACAAAAAUAUGUGGUUAAAAGGAGUUGAUUGAUCAAUGAUCAUUAUAACCAAUCAACCUGGUCAAUUCUUUGUUUUCCACCUUGCAGCUCGUAAGUAUGGGAUGUGUGAGAUAGACUGGGUCCAGGCCAGGUUCUCUGUGUCCUACAGACUCUACGUCAUCCUCAUCUUCACCUUCAACUUCUUCAUCCCAUUUGUGGUCAUAUGGUUCUCCUACGUUUCCAUCAUCCGGGCAGUCAACAACAGCCACAAGUCCAGCAGAGGGGGAGAGGUCAGCGAGAGAGAGAAACAGAUGGAGCGCAGUAUAACAACAGUGAGUGAGGAAGCCCCCAGUCUACAAACAAUUAGUAGCUGCAGGAUUGGGUACAUAUUACAUACUGGGGAAUGCUGUGGGAUUCAAAGUAUAAAGUAAAUCUAGCAUUGUGUCUGCUGAUGGUUUGCUCUUUUAGCUAUACACUGCUCUUAUUUCAUUAUCAUUUUAGGUAUUGGUUAGGUCAGUGUUUGUGGCUACUCAUGUGUAGUGUACACUCACCGGCCAGUUUAUUAGGUGGUACACCGUUCACGAAAAUGGAUCGCUCCUAUAGACACUGAGUCAUGUGGCCGUGGCUUGCUAUAUAAUGCAGGCAGACAGGCAUUGAGGCAUUCAGUUACUGUUCGAUUGAACGUUAGAAUGGGCAAAACGAGUGACCUAAGCGACUUUGAGCGUGGUAUAAUCGUUGGUGUCAGACACGCCAGAUACAGUAUCUCAGAAACGGUCGCCCUCCUGGGCUUUUCACGCACGACAGUGUCUAGGGUUUCCCGAGAAUGGUGCGAAAAACAAAAAACAUUCAGUCAGCGGAAGUCCUGUGGGUGAAAACAGCUCGUUGAUGAGAGGUCAAAGGAGAAUGUCAAGAAUCGUGCAAGCUAACAGGCGUACCACAAACAGGCAAAUAACAGUGCAGUGGUGUGCAGAACGUCAUCUCGAAACGCACAACUCGUCGGUCCUUGUCACGGAUGGGCUAUAGCAGCAGACGACCACACCAGGUUCCACUCCAGCUAAAAACGACAAGAAGCGCCUCCAGUGGGCAAACGAUCACCAACACUGGACAAAUUGAGGAGUGGAAAAACAUUGCUUGGUCCGAUGAAUCCCAGUUCCUUUUGCGCCAGAGUCAGGAUUUGGCGUAAGCAACAUGAGUCCAUGGACCCAUCCUGCCUGGUGUCAACGGUACAGGCUGGUGGCGGCGGUGUCCCACCGUCCAAUCUGCAGCAACUGCGUGAUGCCAUCGCAUCAGCAUGGACCAACAUCCAUGUCGAACAUUUCUGUGCCCCGAACAAUUCAGGCUGUUAAGGAGGCAAAGCGGGGUCCGACCAGGUACCUAAUAAACUGUCCAGUGAGUAUAUAUUAUACCAACUCCUUCCUCCUCCCCCAGGUGUCUCUGAUCUUGUGUUCAUCCUUCCUGCUGGCCUGGUCUCCCUACGCGGUCAUCUCCAUGUGGUCUGCCUGUGGUCACCAGGUGCCUCCUCUCCACAGCAUCCUGGCCAGCCUGUUCGCUAAGUCAGCCAGCUUCUACAACCCCUUCAUCUACCUGGGCAUGAGCUCCAAGUUCAGACAAGACUUCAGAGCCCAGUUCCACUGCCUGCGCCCCAACCCGGACCUCUCCCACAGACCCGACGAGGUGCAGAUUGACCUGGACAUUAUGGAGGUGAAUGGAGGGGUGGAUGACCUGGACUCUGGGGUGGAGCUGGGUAUUGACAGGGGUGUGGAGGAGAGGGGGGAGAACCAGAGGAGUCCUCUUAUGCCCCCCAUGAUAGCCCCCGCUCCCAGUCACCGCCUGUUCCUGAGGAAGCUCAGUGACUCUGGACGCCUGUGAGAUCUCUGUCUCUCUGUUUCUGUCUCUCUGUUUCUGUCUCUGUCUCUCUGUUUCUGUCUCUCUGUUUCUGUCUCUCUGUCUCUGUCUCUCUGUCUCACUGUCUCUGUUUCUGUCUCCCUGUCUCUCUGACCAUGUCUCUCUCUUUCUCUCUCUCUCUCUUAUAAAGUACAGGACAUGUCCUACGUACUGAGCUACAGCGGAGCUCAGCUUUCACUGUUAACUGUUCACCUCCAUAGACAUGGGUAACUCACAGUACAGCAACCCUCUGGACUUAAAAAAAAACUUAAAUCCAGAGAAGACCUUGGUUUUGAUCUCACCUGAAUUGUUUGGAAUCACUGAUAUUGAAGGAUUUACAGUAUGUGGCAAACACUAUCAAUUUAGGGUCUGAAUGAAAUCAUAUCUGUUUCACUGUUUUACAUGUUACUCUAAAGCUGUAAAUAAUGAGUUAUUUUUUUAAAUAAAUCCUUGGUUUUGGUUUGUAUGCCGUCCAAAAAAUAACUUCCAAUAGCUCAUCAAUCAAUGAUGACUUGACUUAAUACAGUAACUCAACUCAAAAGGGGUUAUAUCAGGCGCUGAUGUUGUACAUUAAUUCUCAGUCACUCACAGAGGGAUUGUGUGCAGAAAUAAUGAGGUGGAGAAGUGAGAAAAGGCUCUGCCUUGACCUGAAGUCGCUAAUCUGGGUUUUGUCCCCCCUCUGCCUUGAGGGAGCUUGGGAAACUGGGAGAAUGUGAGCAGGCCCUCACAUGGAGACUGGCUGGUGCACAGCUGAAUCUGUGGGACCAAGAGGAGAAAGCAGAGAACAACACAGCAACCACAGAAUGGAAAGAUGGUACUGUUCAAUUCAAUACAGCUUUAUUUGUCCCCAUAGUGUAG